AUGGAUUUUAAAUAUCUUGCCAUUCUCACAUUCAUUGUGAGUCAUAUGAUAUCAUUCAAUAUUACAUCAGCAACAGGAAGGACGGAUGAAGAAGGACCGAGCGCUCCCAAAAAAAGAAGGACUGAAACUAAAUUACGGUAUCCCAAUAAUAAACCAGUCUCUGCUCUUGGACAAGUGGGACAUAUAAUUGUUCGCCACUUGCCUCGCAAAGAUUUAAAAAAUCUUAGCAA